AUGGCUUUUGUAUACCAAGGGGAUGCGGAUUUAGAAGCAAAGGCAAAAAAAGCUGCCGAGCGGAUAUCAGAGAACAUGCAUAUAGUAGCUAAUGAACCAUCAUUAGCACUGUACAGACUUCAAGAGCAUGUCAGGAAGGCUCUACCGCCCAUGGUGGAAAGACGAGUGGAAGUGACAAAACUGCAACAUGAACUACAGGGACGUUGUUAUGAUGUUGAAUACGCAUUAAGUGCUGUAAAAUCUAUGGAUGCCGCAGCCACCAGUUUCGGGAACAUCCAGGAAAUGUUAAAGCAAUCUAUAUUCUUGAAACAACAGUUAAAGUAUGAGGAAGCUAGAAGAAAUAAAAAAGAUACAACUUCUGUUUACAAACGUCUCUCUGCUCAUAUAGUGUUAGAUCUCCCAGAUUUAUCUGAAUUCUCAAUGAUAAGAGAAACCACUAAUAGGAUAGAAAAUAUGAUGACCCAUGCAAGGGGAUCUAAUGCUGAACUGCAUAGGUCGCAUACCACUUUGCACUAG